AGGAGGAGGAGGAAGCGUCGACAGCAGCAGCAGCAGCAGCAGCAGCAGCAGCAGCAGCAACAACAGCAGCAACAACAGCAGCAACAGACUCCAUUCAGCCCGAGGAAGACUUGCGACGAUUCGAAUUUCGCGCGGUUCCGUCACGGUGCCGCGCUGGUGCGCGCGCCUGCGCCCGGCCGCCGCCCUCGGGGAGAAAGUUGGCGAGACUGCUCGGGAAAUCGGGAGGAAAGUGAACAGGUGUUUUUUGAAUGGAUCGGCUCGUGGUGCGAGCGCGUGCUUGAGAAAUCGGAGGACGAGCGGCCUGCCCCCGCCUAUCACGCGCGCCUCCAGGCGGCCUUCCCGUCGACGUCCCCCGCGCGCGUCCCUCCCGCCAUCCCCCGCAGUCACGGCCCCGCCGCGGCGGUGUUAUGCGCGUUCGGCAAGGGCGGCCGGAGGUGCUCGACCGUCCCGCCAGGAACAUAGCAGUCCGACGGGAAGAGGAGCGCCGCAACGUCAUGCGGCCUGUAUAAUGGGGCUAACGUUCGAGCGGCUCCGGCCACUAGCAGACGCGAACACGAGGAUAUGCGCGGACGAGGGUCGCCACCACGAGGAGUGCUGUCGCUGCUGCUGAAGAAGAGA